CUCUCUUUCUCUCUUCUCUAUUGAUGUGUAAACACUCAUAUAAAGUUUAAUAUACAACUUUUAUUUGUUGUUUUUUUUCGUUUUUUGUGACAUGAAACGAUUAGAUAAAAUUUCAACUAGUAAAGCUAACUGAUAAGACACGCCAACAACAAAAUUAAUAGUAAAACAAAUAUUUAAUAUUGAUAGAUGGACGGGCGGACGGACGGAUUGAGGGUUUUACGGAAUUAGUAAGACAACAUUUAUUUAUACAAACAACAAUAUUUGAAGAAAGAAAAAUUGAAAACAAAAAUAUUUCUUAACAUUUAAAUUCUGAAUUUAGUUGUAUUCCAGACAUUGGUGUUUAAUAUCGAAUUGUAUAAAGGAAGUGAGCGCAAGCGGGAAGUAUUGUGCCGGUUGAUCAAUAGCAAAUUCAAUUAUACAAAAUUUUGAAAAUCAAUUUGUGUGAAAAGUGUAAAUUUAAUAUUGAAUGAAUUAUUGAUAUAAUUAUUAGAACAACAACAAUUUAAAUAACAAAUUAUUUUGAAUUUAUUGAAUUAAAUAAAAGUGAACAGAAAUUAAAAAUGUUAACAGAAUUUGCUGGUAAUUUGGCUCAUCAUUUAGAAUUUGGUCAUGCUUUGGAAAUUGUUGCAAAAACUAUCGAUGGAGCUUCUAGAUUCAAUUUAACUUUAGCUUCAGCUAAAUCUGUCAUUAACCCCAAUGCUGAUAUUGGUUUAAGAUUUACAGUGUAUUUCCGUGACGAUUGUAUAGUGCGAAAUGCACGCAUUAACGGGGUUUGGGGUGAAGAGGAAAUAAAAAAUGUUGACAAUUACUCCUUGCCGAAUCCCAUAACAUCAGGAGACUUUUUCAUGAUUUAUAUUUUGGCAUGUGAAGAAAAAUUCCACAUAUCCAUUAACAGUCGCCCGUUCUGUACAUUUAAAUAUCGUUUGCCAUUGGAAUCUUUAAGAUCACUUGAAUUACGCGAUCAAAUACAAGUUAUAAAACAAAUAGAUCAUCGUACAGUAUUCCCAAAUCCUUGGCCUGCUAUACACACAUCGGAUUAUUUUAAGGCCUUUAGUAAUGAUGCUCCCAUAUUGUAUAGUCCUGGACAUGUUAUUGUAAUAACUGCACGUUGUUUUGAUAAUAAAAAGGGACAAUUUAUUAUCAAAUUUAUGGAAUCGGAUAGUAAACGUGAAGAUUUUCAUUUUAGUGUAAGAUUUGAUGAGAAGGCAGUGGUUCGUAAUAGUCAUGAUAAGAAUUUCAAAUUUGGUCCUGAGGAGCGUCAUGGCGGUUUCCCAUUUGUCUUCAAUCAACAAUUUAAACUUGCCAUUGCCUUUACGGAAAAGGAAUUCUUAACAGCUGUGGAUGGUUAUAAUUUCUGCAGUUAUGCUUACCGACAGCCAAAUAUGUUACAAAAUCUUGUUGGUUUUAAGGUGACCUGCAUAAAUGGUCUACAUAUGCAUGUCACCGGUGUGGAUCACAUACAAAUGGGUGAUGCCUUGUGCACAAGUUUCGAAAAGUAUUCUAGAUUUGACUAUGAAUGUGCCUAAAUGUUUCUUUAUUUUUCUUUUUAAGUAAAUUUAAAUUUAAUUAAAUAAAUUAAAAUAAAAAACAA